UUAAUAGUUGGAGUAUUUGUUGUGCCAAAAAUAUAGUACGUUCCAGUCUUGGUGCCUUUUUUCUUCUCGCGGAUUUUAUAAUGAGUUACUUUCGUAAAUAUUGGCCCACAGAGGUACCUGACCUCUGCAGUGCCCUUCCACGGGUCAGUCCAGUAAUGUUUGCCUAUACUCCCCUAUGUUGCCAGAUUUAGAGAGUGAAGCAAAGCCAGAAUCAACCGUCAAAAUAGAUAAAUAGCCCAUUAGUGUGUUAAAUAAGACGAUGGUUAUGUAUAUCAUAGUUCAGACUGCCUGUCGCCCACCAUAACCCGGACCAAGACGGGUGUCCCAUCAACUCCCGUGUCAACUCAUCAACAUUUCCUUCUGUUCUCUGUGUUUCCGGGCAUUUCCUGCCGUUUUCCACCUGAAAUGCGUAAAGGAAGAAGAAAUGGGGAAUGGAAGUGUGUGAGAGAGUAUAGUAGUACUAGUACCAGCAGCAGCAGCAUUAUUAUCCUUGUGUUUGUGUUAUAUGCCCAAGAAAGAGGCCUUCAUCACUCCACAAUGUCUUGCUAGAAAUGAGCUGAGCUCUGCCUGGAGGCAGUUUAACUACAGUGAGCACUGGUAACCGGCUACUGUCACUGUCAGGGAUGUGUGGUGCAGUGCAGGAGCUGAGAGAUUACUGUGUGCAUGUCAUCACAAGGAGCAUCAAUGAGCACACACAACUGAAUGGUCUAACCCAGCGUGACCUGCAGGAGGUUUGCGCAGGACUGAGUGUUGAUCUACCUCUGCCCAUUGCCCUCAGCCUGCCACUGGAUAACUUGUACUGGCGGAGGAGAACCCAGGCACAUUUCCCUCCACCUCAUGUUUCUCUGCAAAGUCAGUUAAAUAAAAGAAAAGGAAGAAGAGGUGGAAGUGAGAGGGCACAUACACCAGCAGGGAAGGGAGGAGGGAGUGGAAGCACAAAACUAAGUUCUGUGUCCAUCCCUCGUUCUGGCAGUGGUGGCAGUGUUGCUACUACCUCUACACAUGCUCCCUCUUACCUUCUGCCCCCAACCACAGUGGUGGGCAGGCGAAAUGCAGGUGGCAGGCGAUGGCGACAGGUGUAUGUAGAACGUUACCUGUCCUGUGUGAUCUGUGCCAUCCAGGACACAAAGUCUGGCUGGAGGCAACUGUCUGCUCUCCUGCAGGUGUGUGGGAGGGAUGUGCACACCUUGCAUCUGCCCUCCUUAGCAUCCCCACCUCCAUCAAGCAGAGGGAAUGGGGAAGUGGUGGAGGUGGAGCCAGGCAGCCUGAGUCACCUGGAUCUUUUUGAGAUCAUUUCAGCCUUGCCAAAUCUGCAGGAGUUGAGUAUAAGGUAUCAGAGCACACAGGAGGGGACAGAGUUGGUAUGGGGUGCUGUGGGGGCAUCUGUACUGGACCUGGCAGCUCUCACCCCAGCCCUCACCCCAACCCUCACACACCUCAAAAUUUACGAGAGCUGUAUAGAUGACACAAGAGCUGAACGACUUCUAACAGGCCUUAAAGGUCAUCCUAACUUGACCUGCCUUGACCUGCGCCACAACCUGCUGACCUGUGCCUCAGCGCCUCACCUUGCUGAUCUUCUGAACUCUUGCCCAUCCCUACGAAGCCUUAACCUGCACCACAACAACAUAGGCAGUACAGGUGGUUCAACGUUGGGAGAAGCCCUAGCCAGGAGACCACCUUUACCCUUAGAAGCCCUUAUGAUGGACCUGAAUCCUUUAGGGUCCAAGGGAGGGACUGCCUUGCUUCAGGGAGCAGCAGCCAGCAGCAGCUACAAUGACGAGAUGAUGGAGGGUAAAGGAGCGAAGAGGAGGAGAGGCCUGUGUGUGUUGUCUCUAGCAGGAUGUGGCUUGGGAGAUGAGUGUUGGGAUCCCUUAGUGGCAGCCCUUACCUCAUCCCUCAGAUAUGUGUGUCUGGCUGCCAAUUCCUUCACACAGGAACCACCCAAAGAAGUCCUCUCCAUUGUGGAAGGAAGAGGAAGAGGAGGAAAACAAAACCACAAGAAAGGAGACAAGGAAAACCAAGCAGAGAGAGAAGAAUCACCUCGGCUCCUCUUAACCAAUCUUGAGGGCAGCACCUAUCUGUUGGGUAGUGUGAUGGGAGGCCAUAGUCUGGCCCCACCCCUCCUGCACCUUCGGGAAGCCCUCCAGUCUCCCAUCACUCCAGCAGCUGCACGGGAGGACCUGUCACACCAUCUCCCUCUCCAUGGUGUGUGUCUAAGGGAACAAGACUUUUUCUUAGAGGAGGAAUUGAGAGGCAUGUGUCUGUUCAGCAAGGAAGCCAGGCAGGUGUUGGAAGAGUGAAAGGAAAAGUGGUGAGUACUGCAAGGCAGACACACGCACACUAAUGUUGGUCUUAUAUUUCAUAAAGAAACUUUCCCUUUCUUGGCCUUUUGUGUCUCCCUUCCUACCAAUCCCUUCUCCAAACACACACAUGCACUCUCUCUCUCUCUCUCUCUCUCUCUCUCUCUCUCUCUCUCUCUCUCUCUCUCUCUCUCUCUCUCUCUCUCUCUCUCUCUCUCUCUCUCUCUCUCUCAUACUUAGAGUCUGUUGGAUUUAAUAUUAUUACAGUGUUUUUCUUCACUCUAAAUGUUGCCAGACCAACUAGAUUAUACCUAAAAUGUGCCAGAACCAUCUGCACCAUAUGUAACUACAUAUAUAGCUACAUUACUUUUCCAUAAAUCUCACCUCGAUCAGGAUUUAUACAUUUCCCCAUAUUGAACCAUCCACCAGUUUUUUUUUUUUUUUUUAUAUUUGUAU